CUUCCAUCUCUCAAAUGUCUGACGACGAGUCUCAAUCUGAGCCGCCUGCGAUUGCUGAUUCGUCCUCGUCCUCUGAGGCAGCUGCUCAGGUGACUGUGCACUCGCCCAGCGCCGCCGUGCUCGAUGCGUUUGCCGGCGCACUGUCCGACUCGUCAACAACCGUUUCAGGCCACCAUCUCCUUGACGCCGGGGCGACGACCCCAACGGCGGCGCUGGACGAUCAUCCAGACUCGAUGCUCGUCAGCGACGACGACCGUGCCGACUCGUCUGCGCCUGGCAGCGCGGGCAUCCCACACACGGGCUCGUCAUCUUCUGUCACUGCCGCUGCUGCUGCUGCUGCUGUUGCUGCUGCUGGUGGUGGUCUGGGCAGCGAGCUCUCUGCAGACCAGCAGCCGCAGCAGAACGAAAGCCUCCGCCUUCUCGCCGACCCGACCACGGCCGUCAGUCUGGACACGACGUUGCCGCUGGACGACGAUAUGUCGCGCAGCAACCGCCUGAGCAUGCUGCCGUUGGGCGGCGAGGACCAAGGUGUUGCUUCAUCGUCGCUGGCGGACGUCGACCCGGUUGCUGGUGCGAGUCGAGCGCAACAAGCAGAGCCUGUUGAAGAUGCGCCACACCAGCACGUCCAUGGUCACUUGCAUCACCAUUCACACGCGGAUGCCGGGUUACAGUCGCCGGAUGGCCAUGUCAUUCCGCCAAUCCUCAUCCAGGCCGGAAUGGACGACGAGAAUGUCACCAUUGUCUCUGCGUCGGACGUCGCCCCUGCCGUAUCGAGCUCUGCUGACGGCGGCGGUGGCUUGCUUGUCUCGCAGUCAGACUCGUCCACCGUGUCCGGAUCGAGCGGACUUGCGCUCAUGGCGUCGUCCUCUGACGCGGCGUUGACGGACGCAGUCGUCGCUGCUGCUGCUGCCGAGGGUGCGGAUAGCAUGGCGUUGCGUCAACAGCUGCAGAACGACGAGUCAGUCGAUCAAUUUGAAGCGCCCACGACAAACGAUCUUGGUCUUGCCGUGGAGCCCGAGCUCGUCCUGGCUGAGGAGCAAGACGCCGAAGCCGCGCUUGCAGGUGAAAAUGCCCCCUCGCUCCCUCCAAGUGGACUCGACCCUUCUUCUUCAGCUGGCCAAGGAGCGACACCAGCAGCUGCGUCGGCAGUGGCUGCAGCCGAUCUCUCUGAUACGAUUCGAAAGUCGCCAAGUGACCCCGCGGCGGCUGCGGCCGAUGCAGCGUUGCCAUCGUCUGUCGAGAGUGCUGCUGCCGCUGCCACUUCCGUCGAGGCGGAUGGCUCAAUUGCGACGGAAUGGACUCUCAACCCGGACGAGCACGUCAACAGCUUGGAGAUUGCGUGGUAUGUGCCGGAGCCCACGCGCAGUGUUCUUGCGACGGUUCGCGCAACCGGGGAUCGUGAGCAGGCACCCAAGCUUCCAGUGAUGAAGUCUUCCCCGUGUAUUGUCAUUGACGAACUUCAGACUGACCCUGUUCGUGAGCUCCUGGUGCGACACUUUGAUGAAGCUCAAGCUGCCAAGCGCAAAACUUUGACCGCAGACGACGUGCCGCUUGAUCGGCAAGGAAUUUGCCAGCUUAUGGCGGCUGGCUGCUGGAAUGCGUUGCUCGACCUCACUGGCAGCUUUCUUUCGGCGCAUGGCCAAGGUCGACUUGACCAGGAUGCGUCCGUCAUCACUGCAGUUCACACGCACAAGACGCUGCAAAUGUGGCUGUGUCGGAUGAUUGCGCUCAUGAAGCUUCGCCGCUACGAAAAGGCUGCUGCGGAGCUGGACACGUUUGGGGAUCUCGAUCGCCCUGACUUGUAUUACGACUACUAUCCGGACUCGUAUCCCGACAUGACCGGAUCGCUGGUGCCAUUUUCUCUCCGCGUCAUCCACGCACAACUGCCACAUUACGUCGGCAAGCCACAGCUGGCUCUAGACCGCUUGUACAGUUUGAAUCACACUUGCACUCAAGUUAUGAGCCAUCUGCGGUCUGGCAAGAACGAGAAUGGCAUUGCACAAAAGCUUGCGGCGUCACGUGUCCAAGCUGCUUUGACUCUGUGGGGUGAACGACAAACCAAGCUGCAGUACUGCAUUGCCAACCACUUGUUGAUGAUGAAGGAUCACACUCUGGGCACGCAAAUGUACGAACAUUUGCUGUCUAAAAACCCCACCAACAAUCACCUGCUGUCGGGUCUCGGCCGUGUGCACUUGCAGAUUGGGCACAUUGAACGCGCUCAGUCGUACUUUGCACGCGCAGAGCAAGUUGCUCAGGAGCGGUCGGGAGACGUGAUUGACGCUGCCACGGCGAGCUUGUUGGCAAUGAACAAGGCUCUCACGAGUGUGAGCACUGGCCUCUACGAGCAGGCGACUGCCUUCUUUGCAGAGGCCCUUUUGGCCGAUCCGAACAAUGCCACCGCUGCAAACAACCAAGCAACCUGCAUGCUGUAUGCUGGCAAUCUUAAAAAGGCGGUCAAGCUGCUUGAGGACUUUGUGAUGGCCAAUCCGCGCACUCGAUUGCAUGAAAGCAUCGUGUUCAACCUUUGCACGCUCUACGAGCUCGAGUCAAAUCGGGCCAUGGAGAAGAAGCGUCGGCUCAUUCAGUUGAUUGCCGAGCACUGCGGGGACGGCUUUGACGUGUCCAGCUUGAAGCUGACCGUCACUGCAUAGUUGGGGGGUCGAAACAUUUGGGAGUGAAAAUACAAACUCAGAAUUUUCGUACAACUUGUCCAC